CAAACACUCACGGUAUAACCUCAUGUGUGUCAGACAGAUUAUCUUUAUUUAUAUUAAUUUUACAUAACUUCUAAACAAAAUGAGGUUAUCGCAAAUACUGUAUAAGCAACACAUUGGUCGUCAAACGCGACUCAUGUGGUAUUUACAGGGUAAAAGAACCCCUGUAGAGACUUUAACAGAAAAGACUUUGGCUGCAAAAGGAAUUCAAGUAUUAGACCCAGAAGAUGUAUUGAAAAAACCACAUGGCAAGCCUAAAUUCGACUUUACAUCAUUGAAUCUUUUGGAGAAGAGACCACCAACUCGUGAUAAAAACCAUCCAGAUUGGCAUGACAGACCGUGUUUGACUUACAAAGAUAAUGAUUUGUUGACAUUAGGACUGCCACAAGCUCAAGACAUAACUAAAACUGUUGUCUUUGAAAAUCAGCUGCCCGAAGCUGUGGAAUCACUAAUAGAAGAUAUCCCAGAAGAGUAUCAUAAUUUAGCCCAAAAAACAAUAAAAACGUCUGUUAUAUUUGAUGCUCAUCAAGAACUAUUACCUAAAGUCAAAGACCCUAACAGACCAGCCUUUAAUUUUCCAAGAUUAAUGGGAAUAACAGAUGUUAGAAAAAUAAGCAAUUUAAGUAAAAAAUUAAUCCAACUUUGUGAGUGCAUAAAUGGACCAGAAGUUUCAGAAACUAGAAGUAUGCUAGAUAAUGUCUUAUUGAGUUUUCCUUUUGAAAGAGAAUUCGAUUUGCAUCAGUUUGUAUUGACAAUGGAUAUGAUGUUGAUGUGUGAAAAACCUCUGACACCAAGUGGACAUUUCAAUGAAGAAGUUAUCAAUAGUAUGGAAAUUCCAAAUUUACACCCCCUACAUUGUUCUAUUGGUCUUGAUGAAGAAAACAUAUACAAGCUAAAUAAUUUUCAUCCAUUAGUCUCAGGAUACCACAAGAGUCAUAUACAUACCAUCAUUGCAUACUAUGAUCCAUCAAAAGUUAAACACAAGUCAGAAUUAUCAUCCACAGAAUCUCAAACACUUGGUAGAGCUUUACUUAAAGCGUUCACUGCUGCUGCAAGCUCAGCUAGACAAAGGUUUGGUCUGGAUGUAAAAGAACUUCCUGAACCAAUUACUGUACAGUGCAUUCAUUCAGAUGGAAAAUGGUUUUAUUUUUCUGUUUAUCAGUUAAAUACUUUGGAUAUUGAAGGGAAAAACGGUAUUAAAAACUACUAUUGGAUGCUGCCAAAACUUGAUCUUUAUAAAGUAGGUGGUUAUGUUAGAGGAACACCCGUUCUGGAGGGUUACAACCCAGAAGUACUAAAAACAAUGUUAGCUUUUUACAGAAAUAAUUGAUACUUUUUUAAAAAUG